AUGGCGUCCGGCACAGAAACCGUGCACUACAUCCACCUUCACAACUCGAGCCAGUCAGUGCUGGAAGCCCUGCGCACGCAGCGGCGCGAGGGCCUCUUCUGUGAUGUGACCGUGCGGAUACAUGACGCCUCACUACGUGCCCACGCCUGCGUCCUGGCAGCUGGUAGCCCCUUCUUCCAGGACAAGCUGCUGCUGGGUCACUCUGAAAUCUCUGUGCCACCGCUGGUGCCCGCUGAAACCGUGAAGCAGCUCGUGGAUUUCAUGUACAGCGGCUCGCUGGUGGUGCUGCAGUCGCAGGCCCUUUGCAUCCUCACCGCUGCCAGCAUCCUGCAGAUCAAGACGGUCAUUGAUGAGUGCACCCAGAUAAUCUCUCAGAGGAAGGCAGCGGCAGGGGCGGCGAGUGCAGCAGCGGCGGCGGCCGCGGCGGCAGCAGCGGCAGGAGGAGGGAUGCUCGGAGGAGUUCUCCCUAAACAAGAAGAGCGUGGUGGGGGCAAAGGGAGAGAGAGUGGCGGCAGUGGAAGCUGUUCUGUUGGUGGAGCGAGUGGGGGUGGGGGUUACGCAAACUUCUCUAACUUCAUGGCUGAAUGCGGAGCAAGUAACAUGGGUGGUGGGAUGGGGGGUACCGGCGUUAGUGUCAGUGAGAGUGGCCCAGGCCCGAUGGAGCAAGCUAACACCGUGAGUCUGAUGGCGCUGGGCGACAUGGGCCCCGGCUCCAUGUGCGGUGACGGGAUGGGCUCGGGGCCCGGCACAAUCCUCAUGAAGCAGAGCUCCAGCUGUACUCAGGACGUCAGGUACAAGCUCCGAGACCUGUUGGCACAGACGGCCAACGGAGCCAACACUAGUAGCACAGGGAACCUCUCAGCGGGCUGCAGCUCCGGUGUGGGCAGUGUGGACAGCAUCGGCAGGGACAGCCUCCGCGGCAACACAACUGACCUCUCUGAUGACCUGGUGGGGAUGGACAGAUACAGCGAGGAGGAGGACUUGGACGGGAGAGAGCGGGGAAGGGAUGGAGACAGAGAUAGGGGGGCGAGCCACAGCCGCAAGCAGAGGCAGCCGCUAAGACUCCAGGUGCUGGGAGGAGAGGGAGUGGUGGUGAAAGAUGAAGGGGUUCAGGACGCAGAUGGGACCGUCUAUGCCUUGGAGGACGGGAGAAGAGACGGAGAGCAGGAGGGCUCCCAGGAAUCCAUGGCCAGCUUUGGACAGACUACACAGGGAACAUCUGCCACACAGUCAAAAGAAUUCAGCAUUGCCUGUCAGUUUCCUCCAAACUGCUGCAGAGAUUUCUAUGAUGAGCAGGGGGUGUUUUCUGAGAGUUUCUGGCCCCAGAGCGAGCCUCCUCGGGCCAUGGCUUUCAACCCCAGAGGAAGGGUCAACAAGCCUCUGACUCCGCCCCCAACCACGCAGUCCAUCAACAACCAGCUUCUGUUCCAGUACCCAGUGAGCCAGUCGCAGCCAGCUCCGUUCUACGUGGGCGGGCCCAUGGGUGGGAUUGACAGCAUGGCGGGGACGGAGCCCAGUCAGCAGCCUCCGCCCCCGGCGCCGAUGACCCCGGCCCCGCAGCCCUCCACCUCCACCUGCCCUGCAGGCCCCUCCCCUUCCUCCCAGGGAUCUGAGACCUCGUUCGACUGCACGCACUGUGGCAAAUCUUUACGUUCCAGGAAGAACUACAGCAAGCACAUGUUCAUCCACUCCGGUCAGAAACCUCAUCAGUGCUCCAUCUGCUGGCGCUCCUUUUCCCUGCGCGACUACCUCCUCAAACACAUGGUGGUGCACACCGGCGUCAGGGCCUUCCAGUGCUCCAUGUGCGGCAAGCGCUUCACCCAGAAAAGCUCGCUCAAUGUGCACAUGCGCACCCACCGUGCCGAGCGCACCUUCCAGUGCAACGUGUGCCACCGGGCCUUCACACACCGCACCUUGCUGGAGCGCCACGCCCUGCAGCACGCCCACCACGCCCCCCAGGCCCAAGGCCAGGGGCGUGGAGCCGACAUGACCUCACCUACCAAGCACAGUCCUCCGGCUCUGGGAGGGCCCUCAGGUAUGGCUGGCGCGGCUGGCAUGGUCGGCAGCAUGGCCAACAUGCCCAGCCACGGAGCUUCCUCCACCUAG